AUGGUUAAAAAACUCCUCGGUGGCAAAGCCCCGGGAGUGGAUGAGAUCCACCCGCAGUUCCUCAAGGCCCUGCAUGCUGUGGGGCUGUCCUGGUUGACAUGCCUCUGCAACAUCGUGUGGUCAUCAGGACAGUGCCUCUGGAUUGGCAAGGUGGUGGUCCCUCUUUUUAAGAUCAGAGGGAUCACAAUCAAUCCUCAGCCUCCCUGGGUCCUUGAGGGUACACAGAAGUUCGCCGACCAGUCUACAUGUGCUUUGGACCUGGAGAAGGCGUUGGAUUGUGUCCCUCGAGGAGUUCUGUGGGGCAUGUUUCAGAAAUAUCAGGUACCAAACCUCCUGAUAUCAGGUUUGGUUCGCAUUGCCAGCAAUGACUAUGACCAGAAAGCCCUCUGCUCCAAACAUAACCGACAUGCUUUUGGAUUCCUCGUGGAUUCUAAUGACUUCUGCCACCAGACUCCAGGAGUGCAGGAGUGUGGCCGCAGCUUCUCGAGCAGCAGUCAGCAGUCCAGCCUAAGUGUCCAGAGCCCCUUGAGCAGUCAUCAUCAGAGAACAGACAGACGCAGCGGAAAAUUAACUAGUGACUACAAGUGUACACAGAUGCAAGCAGACUGCACCAGAACACUGGAGUUCUUUGUUGACCCUCCGUCGGAGCCUACAUUAAUUCAAGAAAGAAAUCAUUGGCAUGCUAUGGAGGUGACUCAGCACUUCUUUGAGACGGUGUCCAUUCAGUUGGAGCGUUGGUAUGAAAGAAAGGUCCUCGAAGUGGAGGAGCAGACAAAGGUCAAAAUGGAGCAGGAGAGACAGGAGCUACUGCAACAUAUCAACGUAUUAGAGGAAGAGCUCCAGAAGUUGAAAACUGGCGUGAAUGCAGAAACCUGAGAAAAAAACAUUACAAUGAUUUUCUCUGUGUUUAUGCUAAUACAAUCAAUCCAUUUUGAUUUAAUUCAAUCUAUUAAGGCACAGGUGUCAAAGUCAAGG